ACGGCUGUGUCUUCCUGCUGUUCUAGCUUGCCAGUGACAGGCACUUUCCAUCCCACCGGCUGUGCAGAAGCAGAGUUGCUCUGGCCAGUACAGAACUUUGUGCCCUCCUCUGCUCCUUGCUUCUCCAAGGGAGAGGGAAAAGGCUCUGGAGAUGGACCUGUCCUACAGAUCCACCAUCUCCAUCUAUAAGAGUAUCCUGGAGCAGUUCAACCCUGCACUGGAGAACCUGGUGUACCUAGGGAACAACUACCUGCGUGCCUUCCAUGCAUUAUCCAAAGCAGCUGAGUUGUAUUUUAAGGCAAUUGAGAAGAUUGGGGAGCAAGCACUGCAAAGCUCCACCUCACACGUGCUGGGUGAAAUUCUGAUGCAGAUGUCUGACACACAAAGACUUCUGAGCUCUGAUUUGGAAGUUGUGGCUCAGACCUUCCACGUGGACCUGCUGCAGCACAUGGAGAAGAACACCAAAAUGGAUGUGCAGUUCAUCAGUGAAAGCCAGAAGCAGUAUGAGAUGCAGUACGAGCGUAGAGCCAGCAACCUGGAUAAGUGCAUGGCAGAGCUGUGGAGAAUGGAGAGGGCCCGUGAUAAAAAUGCCCGGGAAAUGAAGGAGAACGUGAUGCGACUGCGCUCGGAGAUGCAGGCGUUUGUCUCUGAGAGCCAGAGGGAGGCUGAGCUGGAGGAGAAACGCCGCUACCGCUUCCUGGCUGAGAAGCACCAGAUGCUCUACAACACCCUCCUCCAGUUUUACAGCAGGGCCCGGGGUGUAAUCCAGACCAAGGCACCACAGUGGAAGGAGCAGCUGGAAGCCAGCCGAAAUCCCUCAAACAGCCACUCCCAGGGGCUUCUUGCUGCCUCCCACAGCCAGGGGUACCCAUCAGGCCGGCACACCCCCACCCACCUCGAGAUGCAGCCCCAGAGACCCCUUGGGGACUUUGCUACUUCCAUGUCUGGGAGUAGAUCUAGCAUCUUCUCUCCGGAUCCUUCAGAAAUGACACUGUCUCCUCAACCAGAGACCCCCAGGCGGCCACUGCGGAGGACACCGUCAGCCAGUUUGCUCCCCACUGGCCGUACCUCCCGUUCGGGUUCCUUGGGUGAAGCUGGCAGCAGCAGUGAAGGCAGGAGGAGAAACAGCACAGGCAGAGUGCAGGCAAUCGUGCCCCAUGUGGCAGGCACCAACCGGACCCUGCUUCAGUUUGACCCCGGGGAUGUCAUCACGGUGCUGAUGCCGGACGCGCAGAACGGGUGGCUCUAUGGAAAACUGGAGGGCUCGUCCACGUGUGGCUGGUUCCCUGAAGCUUAUGUCAAGCCUCUGGAGGGUGCAAGGGAGAUGGAGGAGCCAGCCACCAGAUCCUUCCCACUGCGAAGCAGUCACAGUAUGGAUGACAUCCUGGACCGUCCCAGCACUCCUUCCUCUGGCAAUUACUGGCCUCCAGCUGCCCAGCCCAGUUUGCCGACCCCACCUCCCCUCUCAGUGGGUCCCAGCAGUCACCAGAGUGGGGUGGCCAUCCCAUCCAGUUCUGUCUCCAAGAAAUCAGGAGGAUUUGACCAGCCCCCUGAACUCUUCCCACGAGGUACCAACCCCUUUGCCACUGUCAAGCUGCGUCCCACAGUCACCAACGACCGCUCGGCACCCAUCAUCCGAUGAGACAGGGCUCUGAACAGCAAAGAAUUCCAGCAGGGAAGGCAUACAAGUGGUGGGCUGUGACUCCCAGCUGGGCAGCAACCUCGUGCUAUCACUCAUGCAGUAACCUUCCUCUUCUUCCCGUCCCUCCUUCCCUCUGGGUGAUGGGGACCCAUCUCACCCUGCUCUCUGGAGCGCUUUAGCCAGCAGCAGAUCCCUGCUACUCUUUUCUGAUUGCCCCCUGCGUGAUGUUACUGUGAUUGAGAGGGAGAAGUCUGGUGUUUCUGGUGCCUGUGGCCUGGCAAGAGGGGAUGCUGCUGGUCUGGGAGGUGGAGGGAUGGAUGGGUAGGGUCACCUGCAGUGUGGGACAGUGCUAGCAGGAUGAAGAAGGUGAAGCUUUGCUAAACCUGCUGGG